AUAGAGCCAGUUUUGAGUGUGUGGAUUUUUGAAUGAAACCUGGAACCCAAAUGAGAAGAAACCUUCAAGGAACAACUUCUAUUGAUAAUGAGUCUGCAAAAUCAUCUGUGUGCAUACAUAUGGAGUGUUCUCAUUUCAGAUUUAGCUGAAUGAAUGGUUCAUUCAUGAGAAGUGACUACCUGUUAUAGGCCCUGGGUCAAGAGAGCAAUUUCGUACCUUCCUGCUGGUUCAGAAACAAGUCUCUGUAGAACCAGAAGCAAAGAAAAGGAAACAAUCUGACUUUUUUCUUACACUGACUAUAUAUAAGAUACUUGACUUCCAAGAACAAAGGCAGUGAAAUACAAUUUUUGUUUUGAUUGAAUAUUCAUCGCAUUGAGGAUCAUACUUUGUGGAGCUUCCUGAAGUGAGAUUUGGAACCUUCAUUGGUGCUCAUUUAUACCUUUGAUUGUAAGCAUGAGUGAAUUCUGGUUGUGUUUCAACUGCUGUAUUGCAGAACAGCCUCAGCCUAAAAGACGACGACGAAUUGACCGAAGCAUGAUUGGAGAGCCAACCAACUUCGUACACACUGCUCAUGUAGGAUCAGGAGACCUGUUCAGUGGGAUGAAUUCAGUUAGCUCCAUUCAGAACCAGAUGCAGUCCAAGGGAGGGUACGGAGGUGGUAUGUCUGCCAAUGUGCAGAUGCAGCUUGUGGACACGAAGGCGGGAUAGCCCUGGGUCCUUCCCCAGUCAUUGUGAAUUUCUAUAUUUUUCUGUCUACUAUAAUUUUUUUUGUCUUGUGAUUGCAUUUAUUUUAUUUUUAAUUACAAAAAAGAAGUGCGAUGGCAUCUUAUUCACCCUCUGUGAUUACUCCAGUGAGAUGUUGCUGUUCUGCUCUGAAGAAGAUACUGUCAAGCGGAUCCCGCCUUUUCUCCGCUGGCGUGCAUGCCUUUGGACUCGUGGACUGAGUUCUUUGGAUCGUAGCUGAAUUUUCAACGUUUAAUCAAUGUGGAUCUGAUCUUAGCAUGAUUUUUAUUUGUUUUCGUGAAUGCUAGCACCAUUUUGUAAUUUUUUCCAUUGUAGACGUUUUCUUUCCACCUCCAACCCCCUCUGCCUUAUGAUUUCACUGGUAAACAAAGAUCUGCUAUUGCUAACUUGUCACUAUGUGUGUAUAUUUUGGAAGAUGUGAGACACACAAGCACAAUGGUCAUUUUUGUUUGUUUGAAACUUCAGCAGAAUAGGUCUCUGCAUGCUUUAUGGAGUUGCUUUGAUGGGAGCCCACGGGAUGCCAGAGUUAACGUUUCCUUGCUGCCAUGGGCUAAUGAUACUGCUGCUAUUAGAUGGCGUUCAGCUGUGGCACCAAGUCACAUCAGUUUCACAGAAAAAAAAAGAUAACUUCGUAGCUUAUUUUAGAAGUAUGACUUUUUGGCCUAUUUGAUUAGAAUUGCAAUAAGAAAAACUUGCAUUCAUAAGGCAUUCUUUCUGUUGUAAAUGUUUGGUAUAUUUAUUUUGAGAGCAAGGCCCUGUGGUUUUGAGGAGGGGUGGGUCUGCAUCUGGAUGCUGGAUCAGAGCUCUCAUCCAGUCUGAGUGAGUUGCUCCAUCCCAUUAGCUGUUCAUUCUUUGUGCACUUGUUUUCAUUUCAUGUUUAAUAUUUUGGCAUCCAGUUGUUUCUGCUAGCAGCACGUUGAACUUACGGCCUGUGCUACUAAUAGCAGAGCACCAGAGUCAUUGGACUUUCUGUGUUCUGCAUAUUUUGGGGGCCUUGGGUGUUGCCAAGAGCAACACACUGACCUGGUGGAGUCACUGCUGAUGAAGGCAGCCUAUAUGGUGGCUUUUUAUGGUAUUGGUAAGAAGCCUUUGCUCAGGUUCCAAAAUGUGUUUAUCUUUUAUAAAUUGUGUAUUUCAAAUAUUUCCUCUUCCCAAUUAUAGCAGUGGCAGUGGUUUGUGUUAUUAGAAUGUUUAAAUCCUAUGUCCAAUUUAGGCUGAACUACCUUGGUAGGAUUAAUAUUUCAUGCAGCAGAAGGGGGCUUAAUUAAAAAUUCAGCUGUAAGGAAUUAGUCCAUUGCACAGAGGAACGGUUACCACUUUCUUUUCUAACUUCAUUUAUCCCUUUUCCCUUACCUUGGUCCCAGGUUCUUGUGAAACAGGAAACUAAAGACAUGUUAGAUUUAUGUAGGCAAAACAACAUGAAAGCAUGUCUCCCCUAAUUGUUCUAAAUUUAAUUUACCCAAUAGAGUAGAACACCAGAGUGCUUGAUUCUUGUGUUUUGCAAUUUUGAGCCUUCUUAGGUGUCAGUCUCAAGCACAGCAUCUGUUGAAGUUUCAUUAGUGAAGAUCAAAUUCUGGAACUUGCCUGGGUCCCACUGUCAUUUUCCUCAGUCAGAGUCGGGUUCCUGCCAGGAACACUGCUGUGGGCAAGCCCUGUAAGAAGGAUUGCAGUUUUUUGGCAUUAUCAGCAUGGAUUCAUUUUAGCUUUUAAAAUUAGUAGUUAACUCCUAGAAUGAUGCAGGGAGCCACUGUCCCUUUUAUCCAACUCAUGAUUUUAUUUUAUUCUAUUCUAUUGCUCUCUUUUCUUGCUCCAAAACCAGUGAGCGUUGGAGUCUAUCUCCAGGGUAAGCCAAAGGCUGGGCUCUUCAGCCUCUAACUGUCCUACAGCUGCCGCUGACCUCACAGGCACAGUAAUUACACUGUACACAAGAGCACAUGCCAGGAGUGCCUGGGAAGGUGCCAAUAAAAUCAAGAAAUAAAAGUUACAAAGAUAUUAACUUUGGACAUAAAUAUUUUAUGGAGGCUUAGAAUAUUUGAGAGGAGAGAGGCGAUAUUCCCACCUGCGUUAAUGGGAUUUGAAGCCUUGGGAGGUCAUUUGUUCUCCUUAGGAACAUCUCAUUUUUAAACUGAAGUUAGUUGAAUAAGUAGGAUUUUUGUACUCCAAAUUCAUUAUGCUGUUAAUACUUUGCUUAAAUAUAUGCUAACAGCUGUUAAGGGAAACCAGAUGAAGAUUUGAUCACGUGCGUCUUAUUAGUAGUGAUCUGCAUUCUGUAGAAGAGGUACUUCCCUCGACGUAGGCAUGAAGCGGUGCCAAGAAGCAGAGUGAGGAUGCCGACUGCAGGGACCUGGGCUCGGCAUUCGGAGGGCAGCAUAGUCAGUGGGCCGGAGAGCCCUUUGUGAGUACACGAGCCUUCACUGUCAUUAAAUUAUAGCAGUUUCAUUAUAGAGAAUAAGUUUGCCUUGAUUUUGUUUAAGAUAACUUCUGCUCAGCACCCAGAAGAUAAAAUUGACAUAUUUUUAUAAUAUAAGCAUACUUUUUUUGUACAUUGUGUUCAUUCUUAAAUAAAGUGAGUUCAGUGUUGGCUUGUAGAUAAUAAAAAGAAAGUAUUGAUUUUGAUUCAAUAAAUGUUUUCUUUCACUCCUGA